AUGUUAAGCUGCACUGAAGGAGAACAACAAUGGCAUAAGCCUAGAGUUAUGGGGAUUAAGCCUGGGCCUGUUGAGAAGAUGGCUGUGCUCUCAGCCAAACCCAAAACAAAGACCACAGAGGGAGUGCGGAGCAAAUUGUACAGAGGCCUUCAUGGGGAACUUCCUGACCUUUCGGUUCUUCGGGUAUCUGAAGUUUACCAUACUUUCCCUGAAGCUGACCGACCUAUGAUCUGCAGCAUGGGAAUAACAGACGACGUCCCACUUGUGGAGUCACUGUUUGGCAAAGUGCAGAAAGGAAGUCCACUUUCUUAUCAGCACCCAGCCAAAGAGAAAGCUCAGACUCUCCAUCAUGCUCCACCUUCUCCACCAUUACCACUGCAAGAUUACAGACUGAAGCCAUCAGAGUGCACAUUUGUCUGUUCCAGGAAACAACAGCUGCACAUGAGAAGUCUGGAGGUUAGCCCUAGAGAUGUCUCAUAA